AAAUUUUAUUCAAACUUGUCAAAAAAUUGGGAAUUAAUAAGCAUUGGGAGUUAAUAAGCUCUUAAAAUUCUUUUAAAUCGCCGCACGCACGUCUAUUUUUCUGAGAAGUUAACUAGAAAAUUAUAAUUUAUCAUCUGUUUUGCUUAUAAGAGUUAGUUUACUAAAAAUUCCUCGUCUUUGAUCGUCAAUCAUUCGAGAAAUACGAAAUGCCUCGACAUUUUUAUUGUAGAAAAACCGAAGUCAGCCAAAGAGUCUUCAACAGGAAGAACAUUCCGUAGUUUCGGAACGUUAAAAUUAUAAAUUGAUAUUAUUCACAUAAUCGUCGCGCGUAAGGAAAAGAAAAAGAUUCCCGGUCGCGGAUUAUUUGCCAUCGCGAAUAUAGAUGUGGACUGCGUUUCGCACCAAGCCAGUGCAUUUAGAUUGUGUCAUUCUGCUUUCCAAUUCAAUUGACCGUGCGCGAGCUCGACCUCGAUGUGGCUACGUGUACGUAGCGCAGUCAUCCUUACAGUCGUUCGACAUCAUCAGCAUGGAAGGAUAUCCGUCAUUGCCGUCAACCGAGGAGCGCGUCGAUUUUUAUGCGCGCUUUACCCGAUUAAAACUGUGAAAAACACCGCAGGAGGUCAAGGGACACCGGUGACGGUGCGCGUCAAUUGGCAGAUUCCCGAUUAACCAAGUUUUACGGCCGAAGGAUGACAGCAUCCUACGAUUUCGAAUCCGUCACUGCCUCCGACCGACGAUUUAUUUGCUCGUUUUUUUUUUUUUUUUUUGUUUUUCUAACUUUUAAGACUCUUAGGACUCUUCAAAGAACUCUCGACGUUGUGCACUUUGUGCGUUCGUUCAUAUUUUCUAGGAUAAAUCCUAUUGCGCGGCAAUAGGAUUUAUCCUAGAAACAUAAUUACAGAUACGGCCAAUUCAAUUCAAUUCAAAUUUCACGGUGCAUGCAAUGAACGGGAUAUACCUUUGAAUCCUAUGAUAAUCCCGCGAUGAUACUCUUCUUGCUAAUUAAAGAACACAUUACGUGUCAGAGCGAAUUAAUCUCACCUCUUGUUACACAAUAAAUUUAUUAGUCGCACGUACGUGAAACGGAUAUGUAAAGCAGAAGUUGUAAAUGCGACAUAGCUAUUGUUUUGCCCAGCGAGACUUGACUACCUUGAAUAUUACUGUUAGAUGCAAAUGUUUGUUGUUUUGUUACUUUGAUAUCGCGAAUCUAUUCUACAGCAGCAUAUCUUUCAUACGCUACAUUCUUUUGUACGUAAUAGCGUGUAAUUUUAUUGCUGUUAUCUAUCAUAUGUAUCUGUUAUAAUAUUUUAAUUUAAAACUAUAAUAUUUUAUUAUUUUAUUAUAUUAAUUUUAUUUUUAUAUAGCUAUUAAAUUAAUCUUUUAAUCAUUAAAACGAACGAAUAAAGUAUAUGGAAUGCAUACAUUAAAUAUUAAAAUCAGUUGAAUGACAAUUCAGAACGAAAAUAAUAUUUUAUUGCACCUGUUGAAAUCGUUAAAACAUUUACAAUCGGAAUAUAAAUUUAAAUUAAAUUAUAAUGCUUAUUCUUUUUUCUCUUUUAAUGGUUCCAUAUACAAUUGUUCGCCUAUAUUUCAAUAUCAAUAUUAAUCUAAAAUGUUUUAUUUAGACAAAAUUAGAAUGAUUUUUUUAUAUAAUGAUAUUUUAUAAAGUAAUGGUUAUUUAUUGGUUAAUAAUUCAUAGAACACUAUUUUAUAAGACACAAAAGAAUAAUUGCAAGCAUAUUUGUUUUCGAUUUUUAAUAAAAACGCUUAUCAAUAAUUAUUACUAUUAAGAAACAGAAUAUCGAUGUAAUUAAGACGACAAUUAAACAAAAAUUUGCAACGUUCCUCUAGCAUAAUUAUGAAAGAUGAUCAUCAAGUUUACAGUUUCCAAAUGUUCGCAUACAUUCGUGGCUCUGAGCACGAAGCUUGCUGUUAAACGGGCGGAUCGAUGAGAUUACUAAUCUAAAAGAUUACUGGGGAACGGCACCCGUUGCGGUAAAAGCAGAUGCACAUUCGCGCCGCAUGCAUAACUGCACGUAUAAUGAGAGGUGUGUUAUCCCAACGCAUGCACGCUGUGCUGCGAGGUGGCAUGCAGAAUACACAUGUGAGCACGCUCGAGCGGCGGCGUUUGCAUUCUCACGUUGGUCAUCGCCACGGAAAAGCAUCGUAAUACCAUUGUUCAAUUUUCUACGCGUGAAUUUUCCCUGCCCAUACAUUCCGCGAGACGAUGGAAGUCACAAAGCGUAGCGCGAAAUUUAUUUUUUCCCCUCUCCCCUAUACAAGAAGGAGGGAGACGAUAUUUUCUGAUUACAACGGGUCGCAGAUUUUUAUUAAUACAAGAGAAAAGAUUUUAAAAUCAAUUUCUCUAAUCUUGAAACAUACAUACUCAAUUUUCAGAAUUUCUAUAAUGAAAUAGUAACGCGUUUUAAAGUUAAAAAAAGUUUCUUUCUGGAAAAGUAAUUUUCGUGGAAAAGCGAUUUUCCACGAAAGACUUGCUAUCUCUCCUCCAAAAAUUUGCAGAGUUAAAAUAAAUCAAAAUUGCUAUUAUUUGCGCGACGGAAAUUGCUUUUCGCGCAGAAUCAGUCAGACACGCAACAUUGAUUUUGACUUUUAAUCAACUUUUGAUCGACCGUCCGAAAAUUCGGUCAAAAGUUAUUCGGACAAAGUCUAUAAUAUGUGUUUGCCGGUUGUUCGCACGCGAAAAGAGACGAAUGUGAAAGUAAAAUUGGGAAAUGAUGUACAAAUUUUAAUUCCGUAUGCCACGGGCGCGCGAUGAAUAAAUAACGCGACAGGCGUUAUGUGUCCUGCUGUUACGAAUUACGCUUUACCUGCCCGCAAACCUUCCUGACGAACCAACGUCGAUACGAUCGUCGGGCAUACGGGCGGGCACAAUCGGUGUCGCUCUUUAAUUGACACUCCGCUCACGCAUUCAUUUCAUCGUGCUCGAUGUGAUGCCCGUUCGCGAUCAAUCACCGCAAUGCGCACUCCGUGUCGUUCACUCCGCUCCUCGAAAUAUCGCGAGCACACAGAAAUUUUUUUUUUUUGUUUCCGUAGCAAAACCGCCACUACUUUCUACGAGAGUACGUUUGCAUGUACGAUGCGAAAGCGUAUCGUAUGUCGCUAGCAGAAUUAUUUAUUCUAUGAUAUAACGAGGCCUUUCUUUCGUAAAAUGGAAAUUUUCCUGUGGACAAAUUUAUCUGCAAAAAUGCAAAUCUACUAUUAAAACAAGUUUUUUGUUCGGUAACUUAAAGAGACAUAAUCUAUUCUUAGCAAAUGCAGUUUAUUGUCGUGAAAAGGUAUGUUUUGAAGAUAGAAUAAAAAUUUAAUUUAUUGUUACACUGUAAAAAAUGUGUAUAAAAUUACAACUACGUUAAUGGCUAAGUUUAAAAUACACUAUAAUAGUUGUACAUUUUACACAAAUUUUUUUACAGUGUAUAGGGAAACGAUUGAAAAAAGAUAACGUUAUUUCUAAGUUAAUCAAAAGGGAUUUUUUUAAUUAGCAGAACUUUAAGAUUUUAUUAAGAUAUCUAAUAUUAAAAACAAAACUUUGCUGAAAAUGAUGGAUCCUUGUAAUGUUUUCUUCGAGGAAAAAUUACUUUUGUCAAAAGACUUCUGGAAUGUUUAGACAUCCCAUAUGUGUGAACUACCCAGUAUCUCAUUAAAGAAUUGAACGGGAUCUACUUGUUUUAUUGCUGUCGUAAAUUUUUCUUGUUUACGCUCAGAUUUUAUGAACUCAUCGUGAAGCGUAUUAGAGAUCGUUCGUUGAUAGAAGGUCAAUUUUGUCAACCUCGCUUAGUGAUUUAUGUUAAUUUUUAUCGUCAUAGCAAAUUUCUCUUUUCAAUCGGCAUGUAUUUCAUCUUAAUCCACGGACAGCGUGCGAUAGCCAAGGGUGUUAAAUAGGACCGAUAAAACCUUGGCCGGUUUGUCCUCUCUGUGGUAAUCCGCGCUGCGGAUCGUUAACAAUGUACGUGCGAAACGUUUUAUUAGGUUUGUCGAAAAUUCCCAUAUCGCGCGUGCGAUGACGUAAAGACGUUCGCCGGUUGUAAAAUCGUCGUAAGAGCAGCAUUUGGAACUUUGCCGGACGCAACCGUUGCGGCACAGGGAGAAAAAAGACUUGCCCUUAGGGCUCCGGUAAAAUCUCGGGGAACAUAAUCUAAGGAUGAGAUAGGAGAACCGGACAAACAGGCUCGAGCCCCCUUUUCAGGCGCGUUUCUCUCGAAGCAGUCGUCUCUCAACCUUACUCAAAUCAAAUUGCAACCGAUCGGUAAACUUCAUCCCAAAAGUAGUCCUCGGCGUUUCAGAGCCAUACGCGAUAUUUUCCUGGUAGUCCGCGAAUCGUCUCGAUAAAAAUUUUCCUAACGUCCGGGCGCGAAUCGUCUCACUUUUUCUUUUUAAUUACGCGCACUUUUUUCCGCGGGCACUGCACUGCAACAUUUGUCGAUUAAUUAAUUAAAAUUAUGGGAGGUGUAUUCUUUUUCCCCAGUCUGAAAAGCGACUGCCACGGUGCGGUAUGGCUCAUUCGCAGGAAUGUCGACGCGGCGCCGAAUAAAAUUACGAGGUGCUUUUUUGCACCUUCUGCAUACCUGUGUCGCGUCGACGCGAGUUCGCCGAGCGCGUAAAUACUAACAUAAAAUUAUGUGUGUGUAUAUAUAUAUAUAUAUAUAUAUAUAUGUAUAUAUAAACGUGCGCGCUUAAUAAGCAUAAUUAUGACAUUACUAAUGAAUCUUCACCUUGGAACCAUUUCACUCGACCGUCGCGGAAAUCGUAAACUUUCUUUCGACUUCGCGCGUGUAUUCGCGCAGGAAUUUCGGCGCGGCGCCGAAUAAAAUUAUGACGCGCUUUUUUUUUGCGCUCCUCCACAUCCUUGAUCAUGUGUCAGGGAUUUCCUGGAGCGCGUAAAUAUUAUUGCCAUGUAAAAUAACGUGUAGCGCGCGGUUUCGCGAUUAUUAAGCUCGUGCAAAACUUAUUUAAAUGUUAAUGCAACAUGUCCAUCCAAAUUGAUGUUACUCCUCUUGAAAUACGUAGAGUUUCCCUCCCUCUCCCCUUUUCUCCCUCCCCGUCGUAUGCGUUCUUCCACUGCUGAAAGGACUUUGAACUCCUCGAUUGGAAUACCAGUCAGGCUGUCAUUUGAAAUCCUCGAGCCGACGAACGCUUAUAAACUUUUAAACAGCGCCGCGCGCGCUGUAUCGGUUCUUAGAGCAGAAGUCUUUCGGUGUCAUCCUAAUCUCCGUGCAUAUAAAACAUCGCGGGGCAAUGAGAGAUCAAUCGUGUAUUCCAGUCGAACUUACAGCGCUACUAGAAAAAAAAAAGAGGAAAAAAAAGCGCUCACGAAUUGUCAGGUCGCGCGGAGCAACGUAUCUAAUAGGCGAAUUUACGACACUAAUAAAUCUCCAUUUUUAUCCCAUAUCCUCCAUCUCGGUCGCGAGAGAGAAAGAACCGCAAGCUCUCUCUUCGAUUUAAUGCGCGUGUCGCGCGCAGGAAUUUCGGCGCGGCGCGUCGAAUGAAAUUAAGGAAUGCCUUCUUCUUCUUCUUCUUGCUUUUUUUUCCGCGCUGUCCGCAUACUUGCGUCGCGUCAGCGUGAUUUCCUAGAGCGCGUAAAUACGUUCCGGAUCCCCGUGGAUGGACUCUGGCUCCUCGUACUGACGUGUGUACGAAACCCGGAUAGAUGGACUGGAAAGUGGGGGCACUCGGAGGCGCGUGGUCGCCACUGGACGCACGGGGCAACAUAAAACGAAGCGGCAAACGAGAUCGAGGCUCAGUGUACACGAGACGAUCGAUCGCAGCACGAUCCCGUGAAACGAGAACGAGAUUGGGCUUGUUAUUGAUUUGAUUUGACAGCAAUCGUGACGGCGGCAAUUGCACGUGUGAUCGCAUCUGCCGGCGUGAAGCGAGUGUCGCGAGAACGAAAGGAAAACGGAAAAGGGGAGCAAGAGCAUAAUGAUGAUCAGCGGGACUUCCAUCGUGAAGGUCACCACCUGUAUUCUGCUCGGAUGCUGCGUGACGAUGCGAGUCACCGGCUCGGCGAUACCGAUGUGGGAAUUUCUCUCGAGAGACGAAAAAAUGAGUCACCUGUACGGACUGUUCAGCAAACAAGUGGCACGGUUUUGCGCCGAUUCCUCGAGGCCGGACUGCAAUAAGAACCUGCUCGUAACCGGCAUACGGAGCCUCGCCAGUAUGGACGACAACGUCCUCGACAAGCUGGACCCCUAUCAACGCGGCGCGAAGGAAAUGAUUUGGCACGCCAUGGUGGGAAGCAACAGAUUUGCAUCGAGAAUCAGCCAUGAAAACGAUGACUCUUUCUUCACGGCCGGAACUGACUUAUCAGCGAGCAGCGGUAGCGAGACGAACGGCCUCGGCGAGGAUGAGACCGCGGCGAGCGGGGAUUACUUUCAAUCAUCAGAGACGAGCGGGCCAUAUCUGGCUGGACCGAUGGUGAUACGGGUCUACCCGGACGGCCGACCGGUUCCGGAGGACCAGAAGCGCCCGUUGCCGAAGGACGAGGACGCGGACGAGUUCAAAUAUUCCCGCUUGCCGUCCAUCGAAGAGAUCGAAGCUAAGAGCGGCAGUAUGUUCUACGGGAAAGGCACGUACGAACCGUUGACGAUCAAAAGGAGGAUGUCUUUCGCCGAUGACACGAAAGACUAUCGGGGACUGGAAGCGGUGCGCCUUCGCGGCCGUCCACUGUCCUACGAGAGGCCAAUGUUCCGGGGCGCGUUAAACGAACGCAAAAUACGUUACUACUGAGAAGAUAUCGCUGAGAGGAUGUCUCUUCUAUUCUGAUACCGGCGAGAUAUCUUCCCACGGAAUGGCUCACCUGGCCGCGCCGCCUCGUGAUAAUGAGAUUUUUUUUCAUAAAAUCGCCGUCGAGAUCUUGCGGGGAAACAGCAGUUCGCGUCUGCUGCGGUCUCAAACGAUACGUGGAAAAGAAAGUUGAAGAUACAAGCGGUACCAGUCGCGGUCGCGUUGUGGACGACGACGUAACAAUAAUCAGCUGUAAUUACUAAUUCAUUGCGCAUUCUAAUUUAUCUGAUAUUGUCGUUGCGGUAAGUACGAAAGGGGAAUCGUCGUACGCUGCUUUUUUUUCCUCUCCGCGCUGUAUUUAUCGUUGGAAUGAAAGAUGUCGAACGGGAAAUGUGAUCGAAGAACUUCGUCUAAGACAUGAAUUUCACGACUUCGCAAAUUCUUUCGACUCGUAUAAAUUGGAAGCUUGACGAUUGGUCGGUAAUUAGAUUCUUAGGAUACGAGCGUCGGGAAAGAUACAUGUAUAUUCGUAUAUUGUCUGAGUAACAUCCGCAUAAUCCGACCAUGAAUAUCAUUCGAGUAUCAUUUAUUUAACUUCAUUCAUUUAUUAUAAUAUUUAUUUAAUACUCAAUGUGAUUGUCAUGGCUCCAUGCAGAAAACUUCGGCAGAAAACAUCGAUGAAAGUGUACUAAUUCCCAGACUAUGAAUAGGAAUAAUAGAAUUUAGACCGCAAAACUGACAACGCAAAAAAUCACAGGUAUAUAUUGUUUGAAUCUAUUCUGCAAUUCUUCAACAAAACAGAGUUUAUCAUUAUAGAUCUCCUAUUUUAUGUUUCUGUAAUAUAUUUAAGAUAUAUUAUACGGUAUUUCUCUUUGAUAUAUGUGCGCCAUCACGUCGCAUAAGGGAACCAGUGUACCUCGCUGAAAAAUACUGCGUUUCACAUAUAGAACAUGUUAUUAUCUCAGAGAGAGAGAGAGAGAAAGAGAGAGAGAGAGAGAGAGAGAGAGAGAGAGAGAGAGAGAGAGAGUAAUCGUUGAAUAAAUUAUUCGUUUUAACGCAUUAUAAUUAGUUUCCUGAAAAUUGUUUUUUAAAAUUUCCAUAACUAAUUACGCUAGUAAUUUGCAUAUUGGAAUAAUUGUAAUACUUAAUGAAUGAUCUGUUAAAUAUUCACGUAAAUUGUUGUUUGCAUAAAUAUAUGACAUGAUGGCAAAAUUUAUAAUAGGCAUUUACGUGACGAUUACGAUUGAUUAUUAUAUUUAUAUGUACUUAUUUUUGUUUUGUAAAUACGUAAGAUUUGUCACUAUUAACUUUAAGUAUAUGUCAAUAAGAUUAGAACUAAAGUGUGAUAAAAUAUAAAACGCGUAAUAUGUAUUCGAAGGGCGAGAUUAAUGAGAUUACAAUGUGAUAAAUUAAAAUUAACGCGUUUAAUGUAUGUAUGUGUUAUAACAUAUGUAGAAGUAUUUACAUAUGCAAUAUAUACUCACACACAUACAUACUUAUUGCAAAAAUUUAAUAUAGAAGACACUGCUUCAUAAUUAAUUCAAGAUUUUUAGAUAAAAUUUUCUGUUACAAUAAUCUUAUAAUUUUUUAAUAUGUAUAUACUGCUGCUAGCUUAAACACAUUUUACACUUACAUUUUAAAAGUUUUCUUAUAAUUUCGAAUAAAAUUUUUUAAUAAAUAUUUCGAAUAAACCACAAUUAAAUGUCUAUUAUCUUAGCUUUUCUACAAUUUAAUACCUUUAUUAUGUAAAUUACGAUUUAUUUUUGAUAAAUAUAUGUAUGAUGUGUGUUUUUAUACGAUUGCAUAUGAAUAAAUGAAAAUAUGUAUACGAAUACAAGGCAAAUAUAGAUUUAACAUUCAUAAUAUUAUUUUAGAUCUUGCGGUGAUAAUAUUCUAUAAAUCUAUAUCGUAAAUAUUAUAUUUAAAAAUAGUGAUAUAUCGAAUAUUAAAAUAAUUAAGAUGAUUACAAAGAUGAAUAGAAAGGAGUUGUAUUUCAUUGCAUUAUCUUUUUAAUUUUUACAGUAUAAAAACUCGUACACUGUUAUAUCGAAUCAAUGUAUUGCAUUAUUAAUAGAUAUAUAUGUAUGCUUUAAUUUUAAUUUAACAAUUCAAUAUAUGGACAAACUUGUAUGACCCGCAAAAAAACAUAAUAAUACAAUAUAAAUGAUAUAUUUAAUAAAAUACAUCACAAAGAUUAUGAAU